UUUAACAACAAAUUUACAACCAACCUAUGCGCGUCAAGUUUUUCCAUGUUGGGAUGAGCCAUCAUUUAAAGCAACUUAUGAUAUUUCAAUUAAACAUUAUGCAAAUUACACUGUGCACUCAAAUAUGCCAGUGAAAAAAAUUACUACACCAAAUGAUGAUGAUAAUAAUAAUAAUCAACAAAAACUAAUAAAAAAUAAUGUGAAAAAAAUAUGGACACAUUUUAAAACAACACCAUUAAUGUCUCCGUAUCAUGUAACAUUUUCCAUAUCAGAUGUUGUCAAUGUACAAAGUAGUGAAAAAUUAUUAUCAAUAUGGAGUGAAAAUGACAAAAAUAAUGAUAAUAAUAAUAAUUCAAGUAUAAAAUCAUUAUUAUUAAUGGAAUCAUUGAAAAUGAGCGAUCAAGUAUUAAAAUUAUUUGAAGGAUAUACAAAAAUUUCUUAUAUGUUGCCAAAAAUUGAUAUCAUUACAUUUCCCACUUUGGAUAAGACUGAAAAUUGGGGAGUAAUUUACUUUUGGGAAGAAUCAAUCUUUAAAAAGUCUGAAUUUUUGUUAGAGGAUAAAGAGAAAAUAUCAUCAGUUAUUGUUCCUGCUAUUGCUCAACAAUGGUUUGACAAUUUAGUCACUCCACAUUGGUGGUCAGAUCUUUGGAUAACUUCCGGUUUAUCAACUUAUUUGGGAUAUUUCGCAACUGCUAAAGUGUUAAAUAUUCCCAGUCUCGUUGAUUUUUAUUUAAUUAAAAAAAUUCAUGAUGUUCCUCUUAAUCGUGAUAUAAAGAAUUGUAAUGAAUAUAUCAUGGAAGAUAUCACAUUGUCAAACAAACCCGCCAAAAUAAUGCACAUGUUAAACAGUUUAAUAACCAAUCGAGUUUUUCAAACAGGUGUGAGAAAUAUAUUGCAAAAAUUCAAAUUUAAGUCAAUAAAAAGUGACGACUUCUGGUUUAUUAUGCAAGAAUCUUUAAAUAAAUCGAGCUUGAGUAAUAAAAUUAAUAUCAAAAUAGUGAUGGAGCGUUAUGUAUUACAAACCGGAUAUCCAAUAAUUAACAUGUAUCGAAAUUACACAACUGGAACAAUAAAAUUGACUCAAGAAUGUUCAUUGGAUUUUAAAAAUAUUAUUAAUAAUAAUGAUACUUAUAAUAAUAAUAACAACAACAUUAAGAAAAAAUGGUGGAUUCCAAUAAAUUUUGCAACAAGUGAAUCAUUUAAUUUUAUGUCAAUUUUCGCAACACAUUGGCUAAAACCAGAUGAAAAUGAAUUAACUAUUGAAGGCGUUCAUUUAAAUGAUUUCAUUAUUUUUGAUAAUCAAGUCACUGGAUUUUAUCGUGUAAAUUACGACAAAAGAAGCUGGAUUAAAAUAUCAGAUUAUUUAAAUUCGGAAAAAUUUCAUAAAAUUCAUUUUUUAAAUCGUGCUAAACUUUUACAAGACGUCACAUGGUUUUGGCAAAAUAACAAAAUGGAGACAAAUUUUUUUUUAACAUUUGUCUCAUAUUUAAAACGUGAAAGCAAUGUUAUUCCUUGGUUUCAAUUUCAUGAUAUUCUUUCAUUUGCGUUUAAAAUUGAUGAUACAAUAUUUCAGAACUUGGUGGAACUUUUAGUUAAUUCUGUUCUCGAGAAAAGAAUUUUUGACAACGAAAAAAAUGAUGAAUUCUUGGUGAAGAAAUUGUUAUAUAUGGCAAAAUAUUGGAAAGAAAAAUUCAAAUUUUAUUCUUCAAGGAAAAAUUAGUUUCUUUACUUUAAA